GACACAGAUCUUUGAUGACGGGUUGAAUUAACUAAAACAAGAUACACUAGCAGAGCUUAAAAAAUAUUACUCCAUAAACGAUAUAAAUAAAUGAAAAUUCAAUAAUUAAAAUAAAUGCGAGUAUAAAUAAACAUUCGAAAAUUAACAACAAUUACUAAAAAUUGGCGAACAUUGUAACUAAAAAGAAAUUCUAAAAAAUAUGUUUGAAAAAAAGGAAAUAAAAUGAAUUUGCUACUUGAAAAGAAAGAAAAAAAUUUGUCGUAAUAAAAAAGAAAGAGAGAAAUAUUUGCUAUGUCAUUAGUACUGUGAAGUUUGUGAGAGAGAAUCAAAUAGAGUUUUUAUCGAAUAAUGCAGAUACGACUGCCAGAAAAAUACCCAUAAGAAUUGUGUUAAUUUUUUGCAUCGUGAAAAAAAGUAUUUAGAAAUUAUAUGUGUGCAAAUAAAUAUAAAAUUACUGAAAAUUGUUUAUUAAUGUCGAUUAAAGACAAUUAAGAUGAAUUUGUGAUGAAGAAUAUUCAGUAAGACGGCAAAAAUUGGAAAAGUGUAAACAGCUGACGACAACGGUGACGACGACUACGUCAAAUGCUGCUCUAAAACCCCUACGCCCACCGCGGUUAUGAUUGAGUGAAUCACUUUCUGUUCGCUGUUCAGUUUUGUACAUAAAAAGUUUUUUUUUUUUUUUUUGUUAAAUUUUAAAGUGCAGUUAUAUUCUUCAUCUCUGUAAUGGACACUGAACUUGAUGAUGAUAAAGUAAUUAACAUAAUUAGUUACACGAAACCGCAAAGUUGCGAUUUUAUUUAAGCAAAAUCUAAGAAUUGAAAUAAAAGAAAAAAUUACACAGCAAGAUAGAAAUACAUAAAUAAAAAAGGAAUCAUCAAACUAAAAAGUUUUCACAGUAGUCUCGGUGAAAGUAAGCGGAAAGAGGGCACAAAUACAAUAUUUAUUAUUUAUUUCGAUGUGGAAACGCCUGCUGCCCUGUGUGCAAAGCUAAGCUAUCCAAAAAAAAAAAACAACAAAAAAAGUAACAGAAAAAAAGAAGUAAAAAACGACGAACAUAAGCAAAAAACAAAAGGUGGAAAGUAGAAGAGGAAGAAGGCGAAAAACACUCCUCUGACUUCAUAAGCUCUGCAGCGACUGCCGUCUACAUUCAUUAGUGCUGCUUUGGGUCGCAGCCUGUGCUGCUGCUGCUACUUGUCGACUCUUCUUUGAGCAAAUUUGAGUUGUCUAAUUUAUUUUUGUAAACGAAAAAUAAAUCAAAAUCUCAUAAUGGACGAAACACAAGAAAUUCGUCAGGCUCGUUAUCGUGCUUCGGUUAAAUGGUUACUGUCCAAGGCAUAUAAUAAUCGAGUGCCGGACAAUCUUAAGGAGCCGUUCUAUAGGGAUCAUGAGAACCAAGAGCGACUUAAACCGAAAAUUGUUGUUGAUCUGGGGAAUGCAACUUUGUAUUGCCAGACAUUAUCGAAUUUAUAUUCCGAUCCAAAUUACCAAAGCCUUAAUCACUGGUCGAUAUUGCAAACAUUGGCACGUAAGGGAGUGCCUGUCAAUGAAUCGCCCGAUAUGCCUCUAACAGAAACAGUAUUGAUACAAACAAAUCCCCUAAGAAUUGUGGGUCAUAUGGCAGUUGUAGAGGCACUUAUGAUGUUGUAUGCCAAGGAAAUAACAUCAAACGAACGUAUUAAUAAUGCUAUCAAAAGAAUAUCGGGUAAUAGUGAUCAACCUGUUCUUACAGUUAGUGGGAAUGUAGAACAUACAAUUCUUUCGUGGGUGUCUCAUACUUGUGCUGCUUUAAAGAAACGUAUAGAACGUGAUUUACAAAUAAAUCCUGAAGAUGAAAAUGGCAAACGUCUGCAAGCCCCAGACAUACCGCCGGUGCGUGACUUUCAAGAUCUUUGCGAUGGCAUUUGUUUAGCUCUGUUGAUAUCUUACUAUUGUCCCAAAGUUGUGCGUUGGACUGAUGUGCGCAUAAACUAUUUACCGGCAGUUGAGGAUUCUAUACACAAUGUUUUGUUAGUGAGCAAUUUUUCUCAAAAGUAUCUGCCAUACAAUGUGUUCCAUAUGCUUCCCGAGGAUGUCACAUAUAUGAGAGGAUCAAUGCGUCUAAAUUUGCUUGUUCUUUUGGCCGAUUUGUUUAAUCUUUUUGAAAUUCAUCCAGCCAAUUGUGUCACUUAUCCUGGCAUGGAUUCUAUUGAAAUCAUCGCUAAACAGAAUGCAGGUGCCAAUGAACAUGGAAUUUAUCACCGCCGCGGUUUAACUAUGCCUACUGUCACACCGAUUCCUGAUUUAAGAAGUGAAUUAGAUCAACCUUCUUCAUCGCCAUCGUCAAGACCUCAAUUUCAAGUUACGUAUACGAAUUCUGCAAGUGGUCUCAUAAUUAAUAAACCAGCACUAUCCAUACAACCACCAUCAUCUCAAUUUGAUCAGCAUAACAUGGCUGAAAAUACUCAUUUCGAAAACGAAGCAUUCGUUGUACACAAAUCACGUGGUAUUACCACACUAUCAUCCAUGCAUAUGCAGCAACAGGAUCCCUUAAUGCCGGCUCGUUUAAGACAGGCCAAAGAAAAAAACAAUACAGAAUCCAAGGCCGAUGAAAGAGGGGACAAUGUACCAGCUGGAAGACCUAGUAAUUGGGAUCAGCACCGUCGACCCAGUUAUGCAGGACGAAGAUCACGUAGAAACUCAUCUAGUGAAGAUUCUCAAUUGACAAUUGAAAACUUUGGUGGCUCUCAGGAUCAGCUGAAUAACAUUGAGCGUUUUGAAAGAGAGAGAGAACGUAAAUUAUCCAACACAACAAUAGAACAUGUGGUUCCCGUUAGAUCUUCCAUUGCUGAUGCUCGUGGUACUUUGCAAUUAGGUUAUGAUACCGAUUCAGGUUCAGAAAAACAAGAUCGCGAUACAGAGAAACAAGAACCACUUAAACGACAAACUAGCUACGAUAAUGUUAAUUUUGCAUCCAGUGCACAAAAUAGAAGUAACAAUGCCAUUAACAGUCCACAAAAGCAUUCCACUAGUCCAGAAUUGGCUUCAGAUGAGCCGCCACGCGAUCCAAAUGCUACCCUUACUAGAAAAUCUUCAAAUGCAAGUAUGCAUAUGAAAACUCCCAAUUGGCAAAAUAAUCAAUGUGACACGUUUGAUGAUGACACUCGUUCGUUAGAAAGCACUUACAAGCUCAACACCAUACGCAUGAAACUAGAAGAGAAAAGAAAGAAAAUUGAGCAGGAUAAACAAAGAAUUGAAGCAGCUCUGUCGCGCCACCAAAAAGAAUUCAAUCAGGAUACGGAUCUUGUCGAUGCUGAUUACAUGAAGUGGGAAACCAUGAGUCGUACUUCGGAUAUUGAUCCCAAUGAAUUGGAUAAAUACCAGCAAAGCAUCGCUAUUAUGAAUAUGAAUCUUCAAGACAUUCAACAAGAUAUACAAAGAUUAGCUACGCAGCAAAAUCAGAUACAGGCCCAACAAAUGCAAGCUCAACAGCUCCUGCAGGCCCAACAAAUAGCAAAUAUGUUGAAUCAGCAACAACAAAAUUUCGGAUCACAACAACAUUUAGCCGAUCCUUAUCCAACAAGACCCUUGCAACAUCAACCGAAUUUUGGAUCAUCACCUCAUUUGCCACAGUCGUUUAAUGCCGGCGGUGUUGUUAAUCCGUAUGGCUCUAGACCACCAAGUCGAGAUCCCUAUCAGCAAAUGCAAACUAUGCCUGUCCAGUAUAUAAAUGAUAAUGCUCCCUAUAUGUACGCCCAACAACAACAACCGCCAGCCAUGAUGCCCCAAUCUCAAUACAAUACCAUGCAUCCUCAUUACAAUGACAACAACGCCGUGCCUUAUAACAGAAGUAACAACCAUAGCUUCGGUGGGCCACAGUCUCAGAAUAGUCAACCGCCGAUGCAGAGUCAUCAUCCGCAUCAACAAUACAUUCCUCGUCAAAGUAUUUACGAUGAUUAUCAAAUACAGUCGAUGCAUGGCCGUGAGCCGAACAUGUCGCCACAACCGAACAAUUACUAUGGACAUGAACCUCUAGUGCAACAACAGCCAAAUCAGCAACAGUAUCCUACACAAAGAAGAACAUGGGGUCAGCCGUCGUUCGAUCCGAUGCAAAUGGUAGACGUUGGCGGUGGCAAUACUUGGCAGAGGCGACCUCAGAAAUCUAUGGAUGGCGAUGGUGGUGGUCCAAAUUGGGGUAGCCCACAAGGGGAAAAUAACAUACAGCAUCACCGCACGUCCAUACACCAAAACGGAGAUGGCCAACACCAUCAAAUGUACCCGGUGCACUCCUCUCCAUUGCAUAGCCAACGCAUGACAGGUGGUAAUGGCGGAGGAGUAGGUAUGGGUAGCGGUGUACAGAGGCAGCAAUCUAUGACUAAUUUAAGAGAAACGAGAUCACCUAAUGUUGUUCCCAAGCCUUCAUCUGCUCCCACGCCUCCUGAUGAUGUCAUGGCACCUCAAAGUAUUUGCUUUAUAGGCGAUCAGGAUGAUAUUGACGAAAUUGAACGUAACGUUAUUGAAAAAAUGCAAUCCACUGGUCUUUCAGAAUACAUCUUCCCCAUACAUCACAACCAACAGCAGCAACAACAACAAUCGCAUAUUUCUCAUGCAGCACAAAUGCAACGCGACGAACGGGAAAACAACUAUGACGAUUAUGUUGGUGGUGGCGGCAGUGACAUGAUGCCACAAAAACUAAAUAUUACAAGCGGCAAUCUAACCUAUAGAAUACCUUCACCACAACGUCCACUACUCCAUCCGAAUAGCUUCCAGGAUCCCCGAUCAUCAGAAAAGAAUACUACUGAGAAAGGCUUCUACAUUUCCUUCGACGAUGAUCAGCCUAAAAGACCUAAACCACCUUUGCGAGCCAAGCGUUCACCGAAAAAGGAAAAGAGCCUAGAUAGUACUGACAACCAGCUAUCGAACAAUUCCGACUCAACCGACUACGUUGAAAUGAUCAGCAAUGACGUUAGUGUCGAGCCAAAAAUUAGACCAAAAGUACAUAAACUGAACUAUAGCGAGAGUAACAGCAGCAAUAGUAACCAAAACAGAAAUACAAUGGACAUAAAUAAAGCCACUUACAACAAAUAUACCGACAGUCCCAUACAACUCAGUCAGGUGAUGUCAGUGGGUGAGAGCAAAAACGAACACAAAACACAAAACUCUUCAUCUUCGCACAAUAAUCAGCCACAAACACCACCUCCAUCUGUAGCUUCCACUUCGCCAACACAUUUAAGGAACAGUACACCUUUAGAGAACCGUGAAGUCAAAAGCAAAGCUUUGGUAAUUGGCACAGAUCCAUCUACUCUUGAUCCGGAAUCAGCAGAGGAAAUGGAACGUCGUAAAGAAAAGAUUAUGCUUUUAUCUCUUCAACGUCGCCAACAGCAGGAAGAAGCUAAAGAACGAAAGGAACAAGAGGCUGCACGAAAACGUGAAAUAGAACGUGAGAAAGAGGAAGAAAAGCAGCGUAAAAAGGAGGAACAAAUGGCCCGUAGAGCAGCUAUACUCGAACAGCACCGUCUCAAGAAAGCUCUCGAGGAAGCUGAGCGAGAAGGUAAAACAAUUGAUCGCUCAGAUAUUGGACACAAACCAAGCUCCAACACAAACACUGUGACAAGAACACGCCCCAAACCAACACGUCCACGACCCAAAACAAUACACGUCGACGAUGGAUCUGUUGAUAUAAGUGAUGCUUCAACCAUAUCUAGUCGCGGCAAAAAAGGUUCUAGUACCAAUCUAACAGGCUACGGCCAAUUUAAUAGCAAUUCAAUGAGGAGAGAUUAUUACAGAGGCUCUCAAGAUUCCCUUACAGUUAAAGAAUCGCCGGACGAGUACCCAAGUACAAGUUCCACGCCAAUUGGACGUCGCGGAUCAUAUAAACUAUCUAAAGAACCAAAUGUCGAACGAGGUCGAACUCUAUCACGUAUAUCUGUAGCCAAAGGAAGUACUCUAAACUUUCGUGGGCGAAAAUCUAAUUCGCUUAUGAAUCUUUGCGAUUCUGGUAUAGGAAGAGCUACGCCACCACGUAGAGCACCAUCGCCUGGUAUGGCCUCGUUGAGUAGGCACAUGCCCUCUCCAUCUGGCCCUGGCUCUUUGCCGCCCGGUUUAAUAACAAAACGACAUGGUAUAAACGAUGGAUCAAGCGAUAUAUCAUCGACUGGCAAUUCCAUGGAUUAUUCGGGGCCAAAAUUAUAUAAGCAGCCAGCAGCUAAAUCGAAUAGAGGAAUUAUACUCAAUGCAGUCGAAUACUGCGUCUUCCCAGGCGCUGUUAAUCGUGAUGCAAAGCAAAAAGUACUUGAGAAAAUUGCACGUUCCGAAGCUAAACAUUUCCUCAUACUAUUCAGAGAUGCAGGCUGCCAAUUUCGAGCACUAUACAGUUACACUCCUGACACGGAGCAGGUUGUUAAAUUGUAUGGUACUGGACCUAUGCAAGUUGAUGAAGUCAUGUUUGAUAAAUUUUUCAAGUAUAAUUCAGGAGGAAAAUGUUUUUCUCAAGUCCAUACAAAGCAUUUGACUGUUACCAUUGAUGCUUUCACAAUACAUAAUUCACUAUGGCAGGGCAAAAAGGUCAAUUUGCCCAGUAAAAAAGACAUGGCUCUAGUUAUCUAAUCAUCAUCUAAUCACAAUUCACACAAUGAGUCUUACCAGAAUUUAGCCGAGGAAAUUAAAUUUACAAAAAGAAAAAAAAAUAGAUAAAUGAGGUGUAGCCUUAAAAUCGCUUAAGAAGUCAACUACAUACUACAACUACUACUUUGAAUGCUUAAUUAGUGAAAGGAUGUGUCUACUAAAAAAUAUAAAAGAAAAAUACUGCAACCAUUACAAAUACACCACACCACCCCUAAACCUCUUUAAGUAUGAUUAUGUAUUUCCCUAUCCUUUUUAUGUUAAUAAUAUUUAAUAUUAUAACCAAUUUAAAAAGUUACUCACUCAUCCCCUGUGACCGGUCCCCUAAUUUUACUCAACUUCCCAACUACUUUCUCACACUCUCACCUUCUUUAAAUAACUCUAUUCCCUUAAACCUGAUAUAAGAACUGAAAUUAUUACGAUAUAUAACUUGGUAUAUAACAUGAAUAACUAAAACCACAAAAACAAAUUAGGAAAGACAACUAAAGUCGUUAUUAUGUACUAUAUAUUGCAUAAAAUUUAACUGAAAUAAAAUUAAAACAAACAAAAAAAAAAAAAGGAAAAUGAAUAAGAAAAACAAUAUAGUUUAGCAAAAAGAAGAAUUAUUGAAAUAAUCCAAAACGAAAG